CGAAUUUAUUAUAUCCUAUAAGUUGCUAUUUCACGAGAUGGGCUGCCCGCCGCGCAUUAAACAACGUUCAGAUGGACUUUUCAAAAUCGAAGUUCUUCACUUCACAUUGAUCGGGGACUCAGAUGCCUUCGCGUCAAUGGCCGCUGUGGAUCGGGACAAGUUUGCAAUAGUUUACCCCAAGGCAUUAGACAUGCACAUGCAUGGCAAGGACUGUGUGAAGCGCUUUCGCUACCGCAACGCCGUCACUGCCUUCGAGCGGGCCGUAAGCUCUCUAAACUAUUGCCGUCUAGCCAAUGAUGAGGAUGAGCGCAAGCAAAUCGCUCUGUUGAUCACUCUCAAUCAAAACUUGAUGAUCUGCUACAAUAAAUUGCAUAAUCCCAAACGCGUGUGCAUUACGAUGAAAGCCUUGCGGCGUCUCACUGAAAAUAAGCCUUCCUGUAAGGCCCUCUACCAGGAAGGUUGCGCCCUGUCCGCCUUAGGCGAAUAUAAGGAUGCUCGGUGUAUAUUUAUGCAGGCUCAAGCCAAGAAGCCCGAUAACAAUGAGAUCAGUGCUAAGAUUACUGACCUGGACAAGAAAAUCAAAAAAUACAAAGAGGCAUCUCAGGACAUUUGGACUCGUGCGUUGUCAGGCCAGAAGUUUAAAGAAGUAAAGGAUGAAACCAAAUGUAAUCCCAGUGUUGAAGAACUUGUGAAGGAGCUUGAGACUUCCGAAAAAUCGUCGGUGGCACUUUUGCGGGGUGCCUAUAUAAACUCGGACAUUGUAAUGUUAUCCAAAAUGGCCAAGGAGCACAAAAUGAAACUAACGGUGUCCCCUAUUGACGAGAAUGACUUGACGUUGUCCAAGCUAAAUCUGCACUGAUUCGGGGACUGUUUCCCAUUGAAGGAUUAAUCCAUUUAAAUAAACAACAGACAACCAAA